UCCGGGCCGGCGCGCGGCUCCCGCCUCCUUCCCUCGGCGCCCGCUCCCGUCUCCCUCCCUUUCCGCUGCCGAGGCGGCGGGAGCCGAGCCCCAGCGGACCGAGCCGCGGCCGCAGCGGGCGGCGGGUGCAGAGGCGGCGGCGGGGUGGUCAGGCGACGGCGAUGCAGCGGCCGCGCUGAGCCUGCCCGCUCCUGGUGCUGGGGGAACCGGCCGCGCGGGGCGGCAGCAUGCGGGGCGGCGAGGAGCUGGACGGCUUCGAGGGCGAGGCCUCGAGCACCUCCAUGAUCUCGGGCGCCAGCAGCCCAUACCAGCCCACCACCGAACCGGUGAGCCAGCGCCGCGGGCUGGCCGGCUUGCGCUGCGACCCCGACUACCUGCGCGGUGCGCUCGGCCGCCUCAAGGUCGCCCAAGUGAUUUUGGCCCUGAUUGCAUUCAUCUGCAUCGAGACCAUCAUGGAGUGCUCCCCGUGCGAAGGCCUCUACUUUUUUGAGUUCGUAAGCUGCAGUGCAUUUGUGGUGACUGGGGUCCUGCUGAUUCUCUUCAGUCUCAACCUUCAUAUGAGGAUCCCCCAGAUCAACUGGAACCUGACAGAUUUGGUCAACACUGGACUCAGCACUUUCUUUUUCUUUAUUGCCUCAAUUGUACUGGCUGCUUUAAACCACAAAACCGGAGCGGAAAUUGCUGCCGUGAUAUUUGGCUUCUUGGCAACAGCAGCCUAUGCAGUGAGCACAUUCCUGGCCGUGCAGAAACGGAGAGUCAGCCUCCGCCAGCAGAGCACUAAUGACUACAUCCGAGCUCGCACUGAAUCCAGAGAUGUGGACAGUCGCCCCGAGAUCCAGCGCCUGGACACAUGAGACCCUCCAGGAGUCCUCCCUCAGCUGCCCUCACACCCAUUCUUCUAAUCAAGUUUUCUUUCUCUCAGUACGCCAGAUUUUUGUGUGGUCCAGUUGAAUUUUGUCCUGUUUGGUAAAAAUUCACUUUGGGAAAGGGUGCCUAGAAUGACUGAUCCGUGGUGGCCUGAAGAGCCAGGUCCUCCAGCAUUGGGUGCCUGUGGGGGCAGCCUACUUCAGUGCCUGCUCCAGGGCUGAACUGUCUGUCUCAGAACACACAGUCUCAUCUGACUCUGAGCCGCCCUGCCUUGUGUAUCUGUGACCAGUCUAAACUGAAGUGGCUUUGAGAAGGGAACUAUGUUACAAGAUAGCGGUACAGGGCUGCAACAGCCAGUGAGGUUCUUGGAUAACCCCUAGGGAGCUAGGAGUGAGUGUUGAGUCUGGCUGGUUAGAUCCACCUCAUUGUCUUCCAUGCCCAGGGCACCUAGGCAGCCAGCGUGGCCUGGGUGGGACUGAGGGGCUUAGUGAAUAGAUGUGCUCCUGGAGCCUCCUUGCCAGGUCUUUAUGUUACAGGGACAGGAAAACCUAGUGCCCUGUGGGACCACUGACUCACAGAACAGUGACCAUUUGUCUCCUACCCUGCUGAGAGAGCACUUGAUUCCUCCUCAAACGAAUCACCUUCCUGUGGUCCAUACUCACUUCCUGGGGUGGAGGCCAUCAUCUCUGCCAGUCCCCUGCCUACCUUACACAUCUUGAGGCUGAAUUGCGGCAGUUUCCGCACCUUUACCUUCUCAGGUGAAAGCUGCGGAAGAAACCAUACGUCCACCAGCAGUGGCACUGGUUCCCGGAUCACAUGUGUGUAUGUGGGGCAGGCAGAGUGUGUGUAUGUAUGUGUGUUAAAAAGCGGCACACUCAAAUUCACACUUGUAUUGUAUGGAUGUGUCUAAUUCUCUGAAUAUCCAAGACAAGCUCUAAAGUGACUCAGAGUCAGUUUAUCUAGGAUUUGAAAAUACUUGAAUCUGCACCAGGACACAUCUUUCCACAGAUGUGCCAUAGGCACUGUUGUCAUUUUGGGGGCCUGAGUGUCCUCACUAUGAACACCAGUCCUGGAACAUGUUAGGAAUUCUAGUUACAUCAGGCUUUUGGAUUGGUUCUUGAUAAACUGAAGAUUAUUUUUGUGGUAAAUGAGUUGAGCAGGCCCCUAUCAUGCUGUAAUUUUGUUGUUGUUGUUGUUGUUGUUAAUUGUUGUUGUUAGAGACUAAUUAAUCUUUUUGGAAAAUUGUUUUAACAUGUCAGGUUCUCUCUCUGAACUGUUGAUGUUUACAGACCUUAUUGUAGCUCUAAUAUUUUGUGUGUAGCCUCACCAAGGAGAAGACAUGGCUGUUGGAAAGGUAUUGCAAUAGCAGAGAGCCCCCGCCAUCUCCUACUGAGACUGUUAUAGCCUGAGCAGUGUCUUUUGUAGUUCAUAACCCAGAAGUGGGUGGCAAGGCUGGGGGAGGAAAGUCUGAGGAGGUGGGUGCCCCUGUGUGCAUGGCUCUGCAUCAUUCAGGGAAGAGCAGUGAUGUAUGGUUGAGUAGCAAAGAGGAGCUAUUGUCGGAUACCACUGCGGGGCUCCGGAGUCCACAGGAAGUAGGGUCAGGCUGUAUCUGGCUGGGGGCCGGGUAGGGGGGUACUAGAGGUUGACUCCCGAAAGCCAGCAUCCAGUGUAAUCCAGUGCUGCUGCGGUUCCAUGUUGGCAGUAUCCAGGUCACAUGAUCAAAGGACAGCUAGUCUGGGAUAACUCCCCUCCCUGCUCCUCUUCUCCUCUAGAAUGCGGCCUGGGUCUGGCCCUUGCCCAGCUCCUGAUAGAGAUUUCUGUCCUUGAAUGUCGUGAGGCUGUCGGUAUACCUUGUGUUGUUGCAACUUUGAACCUGUUGCAUAUUGUGAUACCGGGGGAGUGGAUGACAUCUGGAUUUUUAUCUGUUUUACAUGGUUAUUUUGAAUUUGUUGAGUAUGUCUACACAAUCAAAAUCAAAUUCCCUUUAAAAUAGGGUCACAAAGACUUGGCCUACAUCAGAUGGGCCCCCCUUGGAAGGACCACCCUGAGCUCUAUCAUGUUACUGGGCCUCAGGAAAAAGCCACCUUUGAAGUGAGCCGGAAGAAAGAAGCAUUCAGACUGGAUUGCUGCUCAUUUUCCCAAGUCACUUCAAUAAAACCAUUUUAUCAUGUGCUGAAAGGAGGCCUCUGAGAGGGUUGUCAGCUGAAAGACAUAAUCCCGAGGCCCAGGGAGCCCGUGAAUACAGAGAUACGAUAAAAGUGCUGAGGUCUUAGGGCCUGAAAGACUUGACUCAGUUGCAUCUUGGUGUCAGAAUUAUCUUUGUAAUUAUUUAUAUCCCAGUAACUAUUUAAUAUCCUUUGUGUUAUGAAGCUUCCCUGUGGCUUUUGUAUAUGUAUUUCCUAGUACUAUUUAACUAGCUCCCAUAGAGCCAGAAGUGGUUUAUACACGUUCUAAUAGCGUGAUGCACAGCCCCACUCCUAUAUAGCCAACGUGGUGAGGAGAAGCCAUGAAGGGAAUAUGGUUGCCUACAGGGAAUGCAAGGAUGCCUGUGUUUUUCUUGUCAUGCUUCUAUGCAAACAAAAUAAUCUAGAUCUGGGUUUUUAAAUGAUCUCUGCAAAUUGAAAAAAAAGCAUAUUUUUGUGUCUAUUAAGUCUAUUACGGACUGGUGUCACUUAGGUUCUGGGCAUUUUAAGUCAACCUUAGCUUAUUUUGUUUCCCUAUGGAAUGGGAUGACUGACUUUCCCAGUUGGAGCAAAACUUGAAGGGAAAUGCAGUUGUUGGGAGCAUCUGGUGUGGCCAUGGAGAUGUGGGGUUCAAGUCCUCUCACAUUUGGUACUUUGGAUGGAUGUAAACACUGACAUCCUCAGAGAAGAUGUGGCGCUGUGUCUGUUGACUGGGUGGCAUUCACCACUGUUCUCUACCCUUCCUGCAAAAGGCACAGAGGGUAAGCCCUUUUCCUUUAUGAAUGGAGAGCAAGGAAACCCAAGGUACUUACUGCCUCCUAGGAAGGGCGAACACAGUGAUGGAAUGGAUUCUCUUCAGAGAAGUUCCACUUAAAGUGAUUGCCAUGCGAGGCAGAUUGCUUUUGUCUACAGAAAAAGCAAGAAUGCAGAAGCUGCCCACACCCAGUGCCCAUAUCUUUCUUAGCAAUGUGCUAAAACACCGGAGUGGGUAGAGCCUGGGCACAGGGAAGCCAACAAGGACCAGCCGUGGUCCAUGUGCAGUGAGCACUUGACCUUGGGGCCCUUUAUAGGCAACUAGAAGGCUCACACCCAUGGGCAGACCUGGUACACCUGGCUCCCACCUGUCCUGGGUGCUUCUGGAGAGAGUUUUGUGGCUCACCUGAAAACAUUUUUUCUCUUUUCAAGUUUCUUCUAUCAUCUUUGAAGGUUUUUCUAGUGGUCCAGGCAGUCUUAGAAGAAAUGAAGGUCUAACUCUUGUCCCUGCACGUAUGUGAAUUCUUGCUUGCCUUGAAUGAGCCUUGACUAGUUCUGUGUGUGACACAAACUGCUAUGUGGAGAAAGCCCCUUCCCUGUCUAUGAAGUGGCCUGAAGGUCAGAAUCCCUGUGAGUCAGUCUUUGGAGCAUGGAGACUUGUGUCUAAUUUAGUGACCAUGUAGGUGGUUCCUUCUCUGCCAUCUGUGUUCAGAACACAAUAGUCCAUGGUUCGUGUGCUCCUGCCUGACUGCCUUUUUCUCAAGAUGUCACCUGCAUAGCAAUAGUGACAUUAGGCAGGUAGCAGAAGGGAUGGGGUAUGCGCUUCCUAGAUAGAGAAUUGUUAACUGGUUCUCAAGCAGGAAAAAAAAAAAAUGCUUCUAGCGUGUGAAGUCUCCAGGGUUUCUCUCCUAUUUUAUCGCACCUACCCCAUAGGGGCCAGCUAGAGAGCUUGGUGGACACGAGGUUUGCAUCACAGGCAUGGCGGGAGGAGGCUGCAGCGGGAACAAAGUGACGGCAUAGAUGGCAUAGUGUUCAUACCCCGUGCUGCCCUGGGAACAUGUCCUUAUGCCUCCUCUUCAGAACAGUGAGGGCUUGAGGCCAAGAGCUGGAUGUUGGAGACCACCAGCCCCAGUGCUGGCAUCUAGUCUGGGUCUGAGCAGGUGAUAGCUGCCUCAGGUGUGUUCCUGGCGGGACACAGACCUAACGGGCCUGUUCUCUUGACUUUUGUUAGCUCUCACCUCCUUAAUCUAUUGUUUUUCUUCUCAGCAGACAUCUUUAAAAGAAAUCAGAUCUGUCUGGUUGAGAAAGUAAUUUGAAAUAUUUGACCUAUCUAUGUUUAUGUAGCCUUUAUCUCUGAAAGAAAAUGCCAUCCGUGUUAGAUCUAGAAUUUUCUUCUGAAAGGGAAUGUUCUUUUGGAUUUCAUGAUAGUCAGUGUAGCAUUGGAUGUAAGUUCUCAGGUUUUGGGAAUUUUUAUUUUCUUUCCAGUUUCUCCUAUUCAAAAAAAAAAAAAAAAAAAAAAAACAA